GAUGCCAUAAGCGUGCUCUUCUGCUGUGCCCUGCUCGGUUUGUGUUUAUCGAUCACCGGUGCAUACGGGCAGACGGAGAGAGGGAUUACUUGUGCAAUACACGGAUCCGCCCUAAACUAUAUAGGCUACCUCGGGUUUAUUUAUAGGGUGUUGCGGGACCGUUAGGCUCGGGUGGGGUGUGAUGUGAAUAUCGCAGGAUACAGGGAUGGAUACACGGGCCACACCUGUGCGUCAGAUUCGGUCGGACAGGUGCGUUACCUGUGGACCUCUUGGAGAGCACCGGGCACAGAUGCGCAGCAUUGGGCAUCAUACCAGCCCAGUGAUGGCGUUGUGACCAUUGGAUUUAACAAAGACCCUAUGGGGCAUCGGCAUAUAGAGUGCGCACCUUUGAUUACGAAGCUUGGAUUUAAAGCAUCGAAACACACCGGAUUCUGUUCGGACUGGACCGAGCCUGCUGCGAUUUAUUCGUGCGUGUUUGCCCUAGCGUGCGUGCGAGAGUGUUUUCGAGACAAAGCCCCUGCGUGCACCGAGUGGAUGUGACGCGCACCGGUAAAAACAAACGCGCUAUGGACGCUGUUCGGCUGGACGCGCUCAAUGCGUCGGCGGAGAACGGCACUGUGUCGCAGCCCGAACCGAACACGCGCCUCUGGCAGGUGGACUCGGUAGUUCUGCCGUUCCUCGGGGGGUUCGGCCGGUAUCAGCGGCGGCUAGUGGCUCUGACGUGGAUCCCGGCGUUUCUCAUCUCUUUCAUCCAGUUCUCGGAUUACUUUCUGCUCGGGCAGCCGGAUUGGAAGUGCGUCAAUCCCGACCAGGGCAGCGCGGGGAACGGGACGGUUUCAGAUCGUGAUUUGCUCGUGGAUUUUCUCGGUAACGGAACCGAAACCGAGAACGGCCAGGGCACGACAUGUAUGUGCUCCGAGUGGAGGUUUGAGCUGCAGUCGGGACUGCAGCAGAAUGUGGUCACCAAGUGGACACUGGUGUGUGACGGAGAAUGGAAGGUGCACAUCGCCAAAUUCUCCCUGUUGGUCGGAUCCAUAUUUGGGUACCUGCUGAUGGGCGCAAUGGCAGACUGGUUGGGUCGUAUCCCAGUGCUGCUGGUGUCCGUGCUGUCCGUGCUGGUGUUCGGGUUAGCCGUGGCGUUUUCUAUGGACAUGGCGGUGUUCAGCACGCUGCGAUUCUUUGAGGGCUUUUGUCUGGCCGCGAUCAGACUGUCGCUUUACGUCCUGAGGAUUGAGUUGUGUCUGCCUAACUGGCGUUUCUCCAUGACGAUGAUCGCCAGUCUAAUUAUCGUGGGCGGGCAGCUGCUGAUGCCCGGUUUGGCAGCGCUGUGUCGCGAUUGGCAGAUUUUUCAGAUUAUAAUCAUCGCCCCGUUUGUGCUGAUGCUGCCGUAUGUCUGGAUGUUUCCCGAGUCUCUUCGCUGGCUGUUAGCCACUCAACACUACCAAAGAGCAAAGCAACAAAUGUACCGAAUCGCCCACAGCAACUGUGUUGACAUGGCAGCCGACCCGAGCGGCAUCCUCUUGGAGCUCGAGGUGGAACUCCAGCAGAAGCCAAAGACGUUUUGCGUAACACAGCUCAGCAGCACCCGAAACCUGUGGAAGAACACAGUCGUGUUGUGCGUUAACUCGUUGACUGGCUACGGCAUCCAUCACUGUUUUGCACGCAGUGUUUUGGAGGGCAGUGAGACUCAUCUGCACUAUUAUGCAUUAGCGGCGAUCGCGAUAGCAUCCUGUAUGGUAUUGUUUCCUGUGGUGGGCGGGUUUGGCAGGAGAGGUGGACUGCUCACCUUUAUGAUCAUCACUGCACUGGCAUCACUGCUGCAACUCGGACUGCUCAACUUAAUUGGAAAGUACAGUCUCCGACAUGAUGAAGUUUUGAGAGACACUCUGAAUCGGCGGUUCUCAUAUGCGUUCUCAAUCAUCGGGAUGUUCUCAUCUCAUGCUGUCAGCACGCUCAGCAUCUUUUACUGUGCUGAGAUAACGCCAACUGUCAUCAGGGGCGGCGGUGUCGGUCUGGUCUUGGCGAGCGCAGGUUUCGGCAUGUUAACUGCACCCCUCAUGGAGCUUCACAAUCAGAAAGGUUUCUUUCUUCAUCAUGUGAUCCUCACCUGCUGCACGCUGCUCUGCAUCAUUUGCAUACCGUUGCUCCCGGAGACUGCCGGCCAACCGCUGCCCGAGACGAUCGCUGAAGGGGAGGGGCUACUGCGGCGGCCGAUCCUCCCUGGAGAGCAGCACCACCUAUUGGCCAGGACAGAAGUCAGAGAGUACUCGCGUGUUCAGGACACGCCCCUUCACCAAGCCGUCAACCCUGGCAACGGCUUGGUGCCUAGCAACAGCACAGCCAAUGGUGUGAGGUCUUCAUGACGUUAUGCGAUUGAAAGCCAGCGAAGGCCAAACGAUGAACAAUUACAACGAUCUGAUUGAUCGUAAAUAACAAACAUAAUGAUAAUAAAAUUACGCUUUUCUUUGAUAUGUUUUGAAAAAAUGGAUUGCAAACUACAGAACAUUAAUGUUCUCUGUAUAAAGUGUCAAAUGCCUCGUUAACCAGCAUCGGUAAAGAUUGCCAUUGUAGAAAGUGAAAAUAUUAUUGUAACUUUCAUUCCUUGAAAGGAAUUCUAUUUUUUGAACAACCGCUAGCUAAUAUAACAUCGACCAAACAACAACUUCAUUGAGGAAUUUUUUGUAUGUUGGGUAAAUGAUGUGUAUUUAUUAAGGACAGAAUGACGCUGACGGUAAGAAAACUUAGGUUUCAUUCAUUAAAUGCGAGAAACUAUUUUCUGUGUAAAUCGUUCGCAUGGAUUUAAAAAAUGAAUGCGACAUUAAAUUGAAUGCAAAAAUGUACGUCAAAUUAGUUUUACAAACCAAAUGGAACACUGAAUUAAACUCGACAUUUUACGUCGAAAUGGUUUUAAAAACCAAAUGUAACACUGAAUGAACGCAACAAUUUACAUCAGAAGGGUUUUACGAAUCAAAUGGAACACUGAAUUAAACUCGACAUUUUACGUCAAAAUGGUUUUAAGAACCAAAUGUAACACUGAAUUGAACGCAACAAUUUACAUCAAAAGGAUUUUACGAAUCAAAUGGAACACUGAAUUAAACUCGACAUUUUACGUCAAAAUGGUUUUACGAACCAAAUGUAACUGAAUUAAACGCAACAAUUUACAUAGAAAUGGUUUUACGAACCAAAUUGAACACUGAAUUAAACGCAACAAUUUACAUAGAAAUGGUUUUACGAACCAAAUGUAACUGAAUUAAACGCAACAAUUUACAUAGAAAUGGUUUUACGAACCAAAUGUAACUGAAUUAAACGCAACAAUUUACAUAGAAAUGGUUUUACGAGCCAAAUGUAACUGAAUUAAACUCGACAUUUUACGUCGAAAUUAUUUUACGAACCAAAUGUAACUGAAUUAAACGCAACAAUUUACAUAGAAAUGGUUUUACGAACCAAAUGGAACUGAAUUAAACUCGACAUUUUACGUCGAAAUUAUUUUACGAACCAAACUGACAAUGAAUUAAUGCAACAAUUUACAUAGAAAUGGUUUACGUCUAAAUGCAUCACUAAAUUGAAUGUGUCAAUUUAUGUUCGAAUGGGUUUACGAACCAAAUAGAACACUGAAUUAAAUGCUACAAUUUACGCCAGAAUGGUUUUACAAACCAAAUUUAACUAAAUUAACGCAACAAUUUACAUCGAAAUGGUUUUACGAACCAAAUGCAACACUAAAUUGAAUGCAUCAAUUUAAACAAGAAUACGUUUAUGAACAAAAUGCAACACUGAAUUAGUGCUGGAAAAAAAUAUUGAUUCUUGAAAUUCCAAGAAAGAGCUUUUACUUUAAAGUUUACUUCAGUUCAAAAUGAACAUUAUAACUGAAAUAUGUCAAAAUCAAAUAAAAUCGUAUCGAUAUACAAAAAUAAAACGGACUGAGAGCUUGUGAAUCAGAAUCGAACUGAAUCUGGAAAUUUGCACGGAAAAUUGUCACGCUCGUGUUUCAUAAAUGAGCCGGUGUGUGUGUGUGUGUGUGUGUGUGUCGGCAGCUUACAAUGUUCAGGUUUUUUAGUCCGUCUGUUUUGCACUAAAUCUAGGAAAAGCAAUCAUGAAUGGGCCAGAUGAAUCUGUAGAUCUCUAGUCUGUAUGAACACAUGACUACACAGAUGACGGCUGUUUAGGGGAAUAACAGCACAACUAACGGUCUGCUCUUAAGAUGCCCAACUUCACAGAUCCACCCGUUACAGGUUAUUGAACAGUCACCGUUCAGUUACUGUCAUAUACAUUUCUAUGUAUAUUCUAAACAUGAGCUUCAUUUCAUUUAUGCAAAACCUAAAAAAGAUCGUCCUUUCUAUUUUUGGUGCAAUAGAUGAACAUGUUUUCACGAGAUUCUUCCGUUCACAUGUUGGAAAUGUUGAAAUGUGAGCGGGACGUUCUGCAGAGCAUGAUCAAUAGAAGGGCUGUUGAGUGUUUCAUGUAUAUUUAGCAUUACUGUUAAUGUGUAGAAUAGCAUUGAACGUCACAUGACUCCUGUUAACCCUUAAACUUCUGAACAAGGAACUGAAUGUUUCUCCCGCGCUUUUUGAACUAAAUCUCCCGGUUCGGAACUGUGUACAAACAUUGUGUGUAAAUAAAGAGAAUGAGACUCGUUUCAGAUGGUCAUGACGUGAGUGACACACACGAUCCAAACAUCCUUUCACUGCUUUGGGACACGGUCCUGUAAAUGCUUUAACUAUUGGUGGUCAUAUGUAACAUUUUUACCAUUCAUUUGCAUAUGCAAAUGAGCACAUUUAUAAAAAAAUUACAAAUAAUUCAGAACCUACACUUUUAUAAAUUGAAACAUGAAUAAAAUCUGAGAUUGUGGCAUAAAUCUGCCGCACAUAAUAUCAAUAAUGAGUUGAUCAUGUGAUCAUUUUAACACAAGAUAUGCAUUUGAUAGAUUUAAACAUGAUCAAACUAUUAUUUGUCAAAGUUUAAUAUUUUAAAAUGAAUUUGAGUGUCAGUUUUUGCAGUUAAUGUCAUUAUAUUUGCAGUCAAACCUGACCAUGACGUUACAAACACAGAAUAAACAUUUAUUUACCAAUCAUUUAAUUCUAACAUAAACAUUUAAUAACUCAAAUAAAUGCACAAUAAUGUCAAGAACAUGAACAUCAAGAAACUGAAAUAAACUCUGAAAAUUCAAUUAGAGUAAAAAACAGAAGAAUCAGAGGAAACAUUUUUUAAUUUCAAAAUGUCUAUAUUAAAACUUUAAAAUGUGUGUGUGUGUGUUCUACAUUGGGAGUGAGUGUGUGUUUUCUACAUUGGGAGAGAGUGUGUGUGUGUGUGUGUGUUCUGCAUUGGGAGAGAGUGUGUGUGUGUGAGUGUGUGUGUGUGUGUGUGUGAGUGUGUGUGUGUGUGUGUGUUCUACAUUGGGAGUGAGUGUGUGUUUUCUACAUUGGGAGAGAGUGUGUGUGUGUGUGUGUGUUCUGCAUUGGGAGAGAGUGUGUGUGUGUGUGUGUGAGUGUUCUGCAUUGGGAGAGAGUGUGUGUGUGUGUGUGUGAGUGUUCUGCAUUGGGAGUGAGUGUGUGUGUGUGUGUGUGUGUGUGUGUGAGUGUUCUGCAUUGGGAGAGUGUGUGUGUGUGUGUGUGUGUUCUACAUUGUGAGUGUGUGUGUGUUUUCUACAUUGGGAGAGAGUGUGUGUGUGUGUGUGUGUGUGUGUGUGUGAGUGUUCUGCAUUGGGAGAGAGUGUGUGUGUGUGUGUGUGUGUGUGUGUGUGAGUGUUCUGCAUUGGGAGAGAGUGUGUGUGUGUGUGUGUGUGUUCUGCAUUGGGAGAGAGUGUGUGUGUGUGUGAGUGUUCUGCAUUGGGAGAGAGUGUGUGUGUGUGUGUGUGAGUGUUCUGCAUUGGGAGUGAGUGUGUGUGUGUGUGUGUGUGUGAGUGUUCUGCAUUGGGAGAGUGUGUGUGUGUGUGUGUUCUACAUUGU